AGGUCACAAUUAUUAGAGAGAAAACAUUAGUACAUAUUAGGAGAACAUAAGGCAACUGCAAUGAAAAACACCAACAAACAUCGAAAACACUGUAAAAGUCCCAAAAAAGAAUAAUAAUACGAUUAGUCGACAAGUCGUGAGCGAAUUAAAUGCUGAAACUUAGUCAAGUCUGGUUCCGUGGCAAUGACUGAUGGUAAUAAGGCGUUCCAUUCAGUAUUGUGCGUGGUAACAAUUUUAAUGUAACAAGACACUACCAUUUUUCGCCUACAGUCCAUUUCACUGGUAGAAAAAUGCGUUUGGUGCUUUUUUUUUUUAAGCGCCUUUACAUUAGCCUGUUAUGGUGCAGUUUCCAACUAGCAACAAUCAUCCGCUAGGUUUACUUUUUUUUUUUUUUUUUUUAGUGGCUGAAGUGCAGAACACCGAUAAGCAUUUGUAUUUUCGUUACGAACUGGUAGCGCUUUGAUGGCUAAAUUUGGCGAAGUUGAAAGGGGAAGCACGUAGACAGACCCUGGCCGCCCGCGAACGAGCCAACGGCUUGUAAUCCAGUUGAGAAUCCAACGCUAGUCGCAAAGUUUGUUGUCAUGGCCGUGAAUAGGUGAAAGGCGUGAAACCUCGUUUAGCGUCGGCGACCUGGUUUCGAGAACAGCCGUGACGUUUCGCUUUUCCUGAAAGAGUUUUCUGCACGCUUUUCUCGACAAAAGUGAAGUGAGCCUUCUCGAAAGCGGGGGCGACGACCAGCUCAACGUGUGCCAUGGCGUCGUCGAAAGUGCGUGAGCAGGUGGAGUCUUACUUUCGCGAACUAAACUACGCUUCGUCGAGGAUCGUUGAAGACAUGUCAAUCAUUCGGCAAGCGCACGGUGACGACUGGGAUCGCAUAUCGGAAAAGAAGAAAACGGAAAUCGCCUGGGAGGCGUUGGUCGGCCCGGAUAUUAAAGAGAAGUACAACUAUUAUCCGAAGCAGUAUGCCGAAGUUGAAGUGUUUCCCGUCAUCGGCCUCAACACGGGCGACAGAAUGAUAUCGGACGAGGACGCUACAAAUGCAAGGACUACAAAGACAGGGUGCUGGCGAGACGAGCAUUCUGCUCCGUUCAAUUGGGAAACCCAGAGUCAGCUUAACAUGCGCAUCUUUGACUCAGUCGAUGAAGUUGAUCGAAAAGAUGGUACAGAGGAUUCUGUCACAGACGUACCGGUGAAUGAACAGCAAACCUGUGGCCUGGCUUCCCAGCAAGCCACUGUUGCUCCAUGCUCUGCUGAAAGUAAAAAUUUGGGGAGUACAGCUGUCAAGGUAGAUAACAAUGUUACCAAUGGAGUCGGUGCUGUGAAAACCAGCACCUUCAAGCCCUGCCUGGUGAGCAGCAGCGCCUCCGAGCCCAACGUCGGCAGAGUGGCCAGCCCAAAACCUGACACUUCAACCAACACUCUCGACGGUUCAGGCCUCAAGCACGUCAAAUUCAGCAACGGUGUAGAGUCAAGAGUUCCGCCGGCUGCACAGAAUCGAGGCGAGUCGAGGGCUGUCGUCGGUGGAAGCCUGCCGAGAGUGAUUCACGCGGAUCCCAAGGUUCAGGCUGGCAGCAGUGCCACCGAAGCCAAAAUUCUGGAGCCGAGGCCUCCUCCGCCAUCGAGGUCGCAGGAAUCUGUGUGCUCGAUCACAUCGCGGGGAUCUUCGAACCCUCCGACUCCCGUGGAACGGAAGGGACGUCGAAGGGCCCCGACACCACCGAAGGCUCCUCCUCCGGACCCACCUCGGCCAAAAACGGCACCACCCAAGCCACCGGCUGCACCAACACACAACCAGAAGCCUCCAGAAGCUCCUAGGAAGCAUCCUUCGUCGAAGCCACCGGCACCGCCUAUACCCAUGGUCAAAUCACCCACUCGAGAAGUAGUGCCCAGACCGACUGAGAAGGAGGCCCUUGUGGAGGCCACUCCGGUACGACCUCCAAGGCUUCCCUCGCCACCGAAAGAUGAUCCAAAAGACAGCGCAAGAAGUCCCAAGGAACCCAUGGCAGUUAGGAGCCCUGAGGGGAUUCCAAAGACUGGAUUUGACUUUCUCGACAACUGGUAACGUGAAUGCCACUAACCUGUCAACUGAUACAAUGGCACCCAAUUGAGUGGACUUUAUUAUAUAUGCUUUGUAAACACAGUGUUCCACGACUCUGCAGUGGCUGCUGUAUUUUUGUACUGGAGUUCAGGCUGUAUUGGUAUAGUCAGCUGAUACUGUGUGCUGCUCCCUGCCCCUCCCCCAAGUGUGCUGAAUAAUGAUGAACUUCUUUUAGAUGCGAAAAUGGCUGUCUUUGUUAGUCAGUCUGCUCAUAUUAGACCUUAUAUCGAUGUCACCAUGGAAGUUGAGAAAAGACAGAUGUUGUGCCUGUUUGACAACAUUCAAGAAAAGCGAGUUCCACGUUGAAAUUUUGUUAAGUGAAUUAUGUUUGUGGGAAGUGCAGCUGGUGUUGUCUGAGUAUUCAAGGCACUGUACUUUGGGAUGAUUCUUUUAAUUUUCUUUUUGUUUACUUUUUGUCAUUGGCUCGGGUGUCACCAUUGUCACCAAGAUCAGCCACAUGGAGAAUGAAAAGGUAUGGAAAUGAAAAUAAAAUGAGUCAUUACAUAAUACUGUUUUAGUACCAUGUAGGUGGUGGAGGAGCUUUCUCUUCAGUAUGUCCUCACUGUCUUAUACAAAUUGUAUAGGUGCUAUACUUGGGUAAAGUGAUGGCUGACCAGGUGUAGUGAAAAUGUUGCCUCAUGGCUUGCUUUGGCAUGAUGGUCAGACCCAUUUUUAUUAGUUUGCACUGCAGUCUCUUAGAAUUAUGCUUGUAGCUUAAAGCUCCAUUCAUGCUUUCAUUCUGUAAUCUUGCCGUCUCAAGAAAAAAAGCUUUUGGCAGCAUCUGAAUGAUUUUCAGCAGCUGCAUAUCAUACACAAAUAGGUGAUAGUGUCAUUUUACUGCAGUCGCCUGUUGCUGGCUUACAACUGUCUUGUGCUCCAUGGUAUGAUGAGGGUUAAGGACAUCCUUAGAAGCUCAGGACUUAGCCCCAGGGACUUGGACAGAAAAUGAAAAGGAUGGUCACCGAGUAAGACAAGGACUGCUGCUCACUCUAACAGGGGUUGUGUGAACGGAGCCUAACAUCCUUGUUGCACUUUAAGCAUGCUUCUGUUGAUGCAGAUUGAACUGGUUGCAAAUUGCUCGUCAUGACACAUAACACUCAAGCCUGCUUAACGCUGAUCCCGUUGUACACACAUUCUUUUUUGUUCAAUCAUAACUGGAGCGUCCCAAGUCAGAUUGAGUUGCCUCUAGGCAACUCUCAGCAGAGUUGUCUUGAAGGUUUUGGAGCUCUUUUUGACACUGACCAUUGGAUGACAUUGUAUCAGGCUCGAGGCUCUGCCUUUUCUGUGUUGACUUUCAUCACAGUGUGAUCUAGCAGAUGAACAGGGGCCACAUUCUCUGAAGAUCACUUUUGGGGAUGUCACUUUCAGUGCGAAUUGACUAGCUAAAGAAGUGCAUGGAUGGGAUGUUGGUCGCUCUAGUAAGUGAUCGGGUUGGGUGUUUUAUCAUGCAAAAGUGAGAGUGUUGUCUUUGAAUGUGAUAGAUUGAGAAUACAGUCCAAGGUCUAUGAUCACAUGUAUUCGGAAGGAGAAACCGAAAAAGGAAACUACCAAUCUAGCAAAUGAACAGCAAAUAAACAAGAAUGUGACAUGCUGCUAGGAGACACUCAUCGAUAGACUGUUGCAAGUCUUGGCAAUUUUUGCAUUUACUGCUGCUUCAAAUCUAAUGCAGCAUUCAGUAAGCUGGAACCCUAGCCAUGCUAAGUUGUGCUGGCAACAUUGCUUUGCAUUCCACUGACAUGCUAAUCUUAUCAUAAUUUGUUGCUUUGAAAUUGACGGAUGAAGUGUCUCAGUUCUGGGGACAGAACUUCACAGCUGUGUUCACAUAUUUUUUUGCAUACCUGUAAUAUAUAUUUGUGUUAUUUACCCAUGCAAUUGCUGGUUGUGUAGUAAGCUUUCUGUACUGUACAAUUGCUGGUUGUGUAGUAACUGUCUAUACUGUCUUAACAAUAGGACAGUGCCAUUGUCCUGCUCACUUGAACAUACUUUCCUGUGCUUUUUUUAAAUACGUGACUCACCUUAUGUUGAUGCAAUAUGAAAGUAUUUACACUGUUUGAAUGUAUAACUAUUUUAUAUUAUUGUGUUCUUUGCAUUUACUUUAUAUAAUACUCCUACAGCAAAAAUGUUCAUAUUGUGCUUCAAGACAUCCUUAUUCUUAUAUGGCUGUAGUAAAUGUCUGCAGCAUGCUUCAUGGGAAAAUAGAAUCCACCUUUAUACACAGUUUUAAAAGAACACUAGAGAGAAACAGUUAAGCCUAGUAAAGUAUUAGCUUUAAUUGCACUUCAUUUAAAGGAAAGGAAGAAUAUCGGAAGACAAGGUGAAGGCCGAUGUCAUUUUCUAGAUCAUAUUUUUUCUUUUGGGCUAAUUCGUGUAUAGAACCUAGCCAACUAGGCCAAGUCAUUGUGUUGCUGGGUUUAAGUCAUUGUGUUGCUGGAUUUUCUUUUUGAAUUUGUUGCGAGUACUGUGGAACUUAUGACGUCACAAAAUAAUUUAUUCCACUCUAUUUGCUCAUAUUUAGAGCAUUUUCGUGCAUGAAAAGUUAAGAAAAUAUAGAAUGGGUCCCGGUCGUGUUUGUGCCCACUUCCAAUGCUCCGUAAUCCUUCACUGUCAGUAAAGAUUACCUAUCCCUAAGCAAACACUGCCAAGAUCUGUGAUGUCACAGGGAAUAUCAAGGUGUUGUUACCACUUGGUUCAUUUUUGUAUUCUCCCUGAUGCUUUUACUCAAAAUAAGACGGACCUAUCAUAUAUUCACAAGAGAUAAUAUAUGCGACUAAAGCUUGACCUAAUGCAUUUCUUUAACAUAACUUUAAGGAGCAUACACAUCUAACUAGGUCACUGUGAAUAUCUUAUGAAUAGGUACACAGUGACCCCAAUUGGGAAUGGAGCUCUAUCUGCGGCAUGGGGGAAGGAAAUGAACUAGAAGAGAGCAUUUUGUCACCCCUUGUCAAGCGAACUCAGAGAAGCCAUUCCUUUUGCUUUUUCCCUCACUGUAUCGGCCCAAUAAGUGGCCUCAGAGACUUGUGUUGGCCGGGAUUGUUUGGUUCCUAGUAGUUUUUACAGAUGGUGCUCUUGUUGGACUCUCACUGUAGCUCUGCCUGCAGCGCAGGAGCACUAAAACCUAUCACACACGCUGACAUGGUGACGACAUGUUGGGCUGAUAUGUUCGGCUUCAAUUCUUUUGCUCGAUGCUGUCUCCUAAUUCUUUCCUUCCUCCAUGACCUGCUGCACUGACUCUGGCCCUUGCGCCAUUAAACAUCAAACAUUCAUUCUGUUCCUCUGGCAUUCAAAGAAUAUUGUGUUGAGUCUUGUUGGCUUAUUAUAAUAGAAGUAGAGUUUAAUGGCCACAUAAUUGAAGGGAGCCUCAUGUGGUGCAUGUAACCAUCUGCACAACUUAAUUUCCCUGAUUCUGUGAUAUUCGCUCUCUGAGCACAAUGUUUGGAGUCGAAAUCUGAUCAUUGGCAGCUGCAUUUUGACAAGGUUAGAUUGCAGGAGAGCCCACAUACUGAUAUUUGGUGUGUGUUAAAGAAUUUCAGUCAAUCAAAGCAUGGUGCAGAGUAUUCUGCUAUGGUGUUUUUCGUAGCUGGUAGCACUGCUUUUGGAUGACAUAUCUCAAUAUAGGUGAGAAAAUCGAACCCUUUGGCCUGUAGCAUAAUGCUGCCAUCAGGCAUAACCAGAGUGUAUGUGACACUUACAGUGCCCUCGUUUUAACAUAAGUAGGUUAAGAGCAUGCAUCAUUUCUUUUAGAAAUGUGAAUGUAACUAGCUGUCUCUGGAAAUUUGCAAGAGAUACAAAAAAAGCACUUGGGCAUGUUUGGGUCCAAUGCGACAGGUUUUUGUUUUACUUGAAUACUGGAGGGCAUUUUCUUGUUCCCAAUUUUGUCACUAUGUGCAAUGGUGUCAUGAUUUUGAUUUGUAUGCCUAGUUUAAGGUCUAUGUUAUCUUUCGUACCAGGCAUGAGGAGUGCACGAUCACAUGUUCAAGCUAAUACUUGUAACAGGCAUUCUGCUUUGUUCUUUUCUGCUUGUGUUUUAUUGUCCAUGAUAAUAAAUAGUCAUCCUUUUAUGGGAAGGAAGUGCACAUAUAUGUCACAGUUGAGGCAGCUCAGACCAGGCUGUGCUUUUGCACAGUGUUUGGCUAUUCCAACUGGUGCUAUCUUGGGCUGCUUAAGUCGAUCACGCCUGCCUUGCUUUCAAUCAAUGCACUGUGUGUCAGUGUAGUGGCAUCUGUCUUGUUGUGUGUCAGUGCGAAGGAAUUGACGCUGUUGUACUUCCCUCCAUCGCUUUUGCAGCAGAGGUUCAUUUCCAAUGAAAAUGUCCUACAUAGGGCCCUGUGGAGGUUUCUGCAGCCAUUUCUGCAGCACUUGAAAUUAAAUUUUUUUUCUCACCUUGUCAGCUUUUUUUGCAAUAAAUUCUUUUGUGCAUUUU